AAUUCACUGGACAUAUUUAUUAUUUUGCAAAAUGUUCUACAAGGCCGAUUCGGUCAUAUAACUUAUGAAAUUUCGCAUUCCGAUUCUAGGUUUCCCGGGCGUCCCCCGUUGCCCUAAAAUUUUGUUUCCGGGAUGAAAGGGCGGCAAAACCCACAGCAUCCAUGCAGCUGCAAGAACCAUGCACAUGCGCUGAUUUUCUUCAGCAAAAAAGGGGGGUGGUUCUUGGUUUCCUCAGGCGGACUUCAGGUCCCAUCAGCGCGCUUUUCAUUGCGAAUUAUAUGCGGCGAGGGGAUCAUCCGGGUGUCACGCAGCGAUGACGUAACGGUGAGCUAUGUAUCUUUAUGGAUGUCCCACGAAACCAAUGCCUGGAAAAAUCUCCGUUUUGUAAUCGAGAUUUCAAGUCCCAUUUUGUCAACAAAUUACAGAACUGAAAUCAACGCCACUGCAAAUGGUGCGUUUUGUUUGCGAUAUUCCAUGAGCAGUACGAAAAUCUUACAAUCAGCUGGAAUAAUUCGAGCGCUUUGUUUUCCGAAGUCAUACAGAAUACGAAGGGUAUAGGAAGUCGAAAUGGAAGAGAGAAUUACGGAUUCUAAAUCAGGGAGAAUCGAGGAGUGUGAAGCAGCACUAAUCGGAAGGAAGGUUGACGGAAAGCGUGGAAAAAAAGGGCCCGCAAGAGAAAAGAAUGGGAAAGGUGUGCGCGUGCAGGUGCCCCGACGCCGGCGCCCGUACAGAUAUAAAGAUCGAUUUCCGACGAUUUUCGCUGCGCGUACGUUGAAUCGGGACGGACCUCGAGCUACCUGCGAUCGCAGUCGGCAGGGAAAGUAAUGAAAAGGAGUAAAGACAACCUGUGCGAAUGCAGUGAGUAGUAACAAAAAUAAUAUUGUUAAUAACGUAGGAUAGAAAAAAAACGAAAGAAAUAUCAUGUCGUUCGCGGAUAAACCGGGAUGACUUUGAUCCACGUGCCGUCGCACGGGCCACAAAAUUUGAGAAACCUUCGGCUGAUAUUCGAUCAGCUUAACCAUCGUCGUCGCCAUCGUCAUCGGUGUCAUCGACGUCGGAGAUAACUGCGAGAGGAAAAAAAAAGAAAAACACACGCGAACAUUCGGAGAGAGGAGGAAAUUCAAGAUCACUCGCGCGGGGAUGGCGGUGGAAUUAUUUUAUUCAGUUAUACGUGUACCGCCUUAGUUACCUGAGAACGAGAGAGAGAGAAAGUGGGGAAAAAUAAAAAGAAUGGAAAAAUAAUAAGAGAGAAAGGCGCGUACUUCCAGAUCGCAGGGCUCGUCGAUGCUCGCGAGUUUCCCCGUGUCGAUGGUCUCGAGAAGAUGUGAAAAAUAUUCACAGCGCAGAUGCCCACCAGCAAGCACACGCUCCGUCAAGACUGGUCCUACCAAUCCCCCAUAGAUGUUUUGUGGAUGCCGCGAUCCGCCAUGAAACCGGCCGAGGCGGACGCGGCGGAUUGUAUCCUUGUGGUCGGUAUAUCUCGACCGAAGAUGGCCGCUGCCUUCCUGUCCGUCGCCCUGAUAUCCUUAUUCCUGACAUUCCACGUCCUUUACGACAGCGCGGUUUACAGUCUUCACGCAGCGUCCGGUGUCGAAGGUAGAUCGGUACAGGAGUUGGUGUCAAAAGUGCGAGUGACACCGCCGUUGUUGUUUUCGAACAAAGUUCACUUUCCGAGAACGAGUCGACAUCUUCCUCAGGCCAUUAUUAUCGGGGUGAGAAAAUGCGGUACCAGAGCGCUGUUGGAAAUGCUCUUUCUACAUCCCCAAAUACAAAAAGCUGCCGGUGAGGUACAUUUUUUCGAUCGGGACGACAACUACGCCAAAGGACUCGAGUGGUACAGAAGAAAGAUGCCGUACUCCUUCAAAGGUCAAAUUACCAUCGAGAAAAGUCCGAGCUACUUUGUAACACCAGAGGUACCCGAACGGAUUCGUGCUAUGAAUUCGAGCGUGAAACUUCUUCUGAUAGUACGUGAGCCGGUAACAAGAACAAUAUCGGAUUAUACGCAAUUAAGAACACACGCUGGAACGCAAUCUUCACCCACGUCGUCAUCGUCUUCGUCAUCGUCGUCGUCGUCGUCAGCAGCAGCAGCAGCAGCAGCAGCGGCAUCAAUGGCAAGUUCAGCGACACCAAGAUCUCCUCAGCCGUCCCGAAAUUUUGAGGAACUCGUUCUGUUGCCUGACGGUUCGAUAAACGAAUCUUACAGACCGGUAGCUAUAUCCCUUUAUCAUACCUAUAUGCAUCGUUGGCUCGAAGUAUUUUCUAGAAAUCAGAUCCUAGUUGUUAAUGGCGAUCAGCUGAUCGAAGAUCCGGUUCCCCAGCUGAAAAGGAUCGAGGAAUUCCUCGGCAUAGAGCCGAGAAUCGGUAGGCAUAAUUUUUAUUUCAAUCAUACGAAAGGUUUUUAUUGUCUUCGCAACGAUACGGCCGACAAAUGUUUGAGAGAAAGUAAAGGACGCAGACAUCCGAGAGUUAGUCCGGUGGUCGUCACGAAACUCCGACGUUUCUUCAACGAGCACAACCAACGUUUCUACGAACUGGUAGGCGAAGAUCUCGGCUGGCCGGAAGAGUGAAAAACCGAGGAGCAAAUAUAACAAACGAAGAAAUUAAAUAAAUUGAAGAAUAAUAAAAAAAAAACCGAAAAAUUAGGAAAAUUAAAAAAUAAUAGAAGAAAGAAAAAAGUCGACUUGAAUCGCCUACCGCAGUCAACGAGCUUUAAGUAGCUAGAAAAGAGAAAGGGGGUGGCCGAAGGGUGAAAAGACCUUGGUGCGUCGGCCCAGAUUUUUGCCAUUCCCUUGCUCAAUAUCUUUUACUCAACGUUCAGCGAGAAAAGUUUCAAGUCCUCCCCGAACGUCAGCGGCUACGGCUAGAAAUCUACCGCGAUAUACCAAAGGUACGUACUACCACCGCGUAGCGGCUUCUGCUGCUUUUUUUCCGGGUCCAAAGAUAAUAGCGGAGAACCUUUUUUCAUUUCUCUUUUUCUUCGACGAUUACUUUCAGGUUGUUUUUUUUUUGUUCUAGUUUUUUUUUUUUCUCCCAUUUCAGCCUCUUCUUUUUUUUCUUUUCUCAUCCUCCCUCGAGAGAUAAUUCCUUCUCCUCGUUAAUUUCUCCCUCCCUCCCUCCCUACCUCUCUACCUCCCUCCAGGAACUCGCACACCUAUAUAUACUUACUUUUAUAUAUAUAAUAUCAGGCUUGAAAAUUCGCCUUCGUCUUUUGGGACGUACACGCCAAAAUACAAACCCCUAGAUACCCACUCUUCAUCCCUUACACCUUUAAUUAUAUGCCCGUGCAGCUGUAACGUUUAUAUAAUUAUAUCUAUAGUACGCUGCAGCGGGGUAUACGCGGAUGAAAGUUCAGAUAUAAUUAUUUCACUUCUCGCGCUUAGGUAUAAUAAUAUUGUACUGUUUAAUUAAAACCCCUUUUACCCGGUAUGAGGUAUACCCUCCCUACACAUACACACGCGCAUUCGUAUACAUCGCAAAAUAAUAACGCAAUUUUACUAUAUACGUUACGAAAACUAACAUUAAUAUUCGGUCCUAGAAAACUUUCCAAUUUUUUUCUUCCUCUCUUUUGGAAUAAAUUUAUUCUCUUUUCAUUUCACCGCAGUAAAUUAGAAACAAAAAACGCAAAAAAAAUAUAUCAGUAAUAAACGGACAAUUACGACAGCAAUAUAUAGUAUAAUAGUCAUCGGUAGAAGAUAGAUUCCUGGCCAUGGCACGCGAGAGGGAGGAUUAGAAUUUUUCUUACACAGCAAAAAAAGAAGAUGGAAGUAAUAAUAUUGAUAGUAAUAAUAAUAAAAAUUAUCAAUAAUUAUAAUAAUAAUGUUAAUAAAUAGUAAUAUCAAUCGUAAUAAUCAUAUUAACAACAAAGAAAAACCAGUUUUACGCGAAUGAAAACAGUAACGCCGGCCAAAAACGAACGCGGUUAUGGAAGGGCGUGAUGAAUAUUAUUAUUAUCAUAAUAAUAUCGAUUGCCGAUGAGUUCGACGUAAUAGAUAGUAUAAUAGACGAAUGAUAUGCAAGAAAAAAAAAAAUAAGAAAAGAAAAAAAAAACGAAUAAAAACUAAAAAAAUCUAAAAAAAAAAAAAGAAGAUGAUCAAAGAUAUUAUCUAUUUUAAUCGUAGUUCAGCUGACUAAAUUAUAUGAAUUUUUAUUUUAUCGAACGCGAUAUCGGUGGCUAUCUUCAAACAUAUGAAAUAUACUUAAAAACCCUUCCAUACAACCGCGUCACCUGGAUCAAAUUGGUCCGAUUUAAUGAAGAAAUAUAGAAAAAAGUAAAGAAAGAUAAGAGAAGAAUAAGAAAUUUAUGAAUACAUAUCAUAAUUAUAGUUACUAAUAUAGUUAAAUUGCAAAGAUUUAAUAUUUUUAUAAUCCACAUUGGAACGUUGUUAUAUUAAUUGUUAAGCCGCUGUGUAUAUUUAUGAAGUGUGAACGAGAGCGAGAGAGAUAGAAAGAAAGUACGAGGCCACCACGAAAACCACCAUAUAUUCGAAAUGGGUCAGUUUCCGCCCUACAGAAAAUAACCCCCCCCUCCUACUCGCACCUUUCUCUAUCAUUAAAAUCCACCUGCCCUAUGUAUACCUGUGUAUACGUAACAUCAUACCGCGGUCUAUCCGCCCUUACAUUUUCUCCCCUUCAUUAUUCAAACACGCUUUACAUUUCUAAUCCGCUCUUUGUAACCACUUAUGAGCUCCGAUACAGACGUAAUUAUAACGUAGGAUACGAAAGGUAAGCGACCAGACAACCCGCCAACAUCCACGUUAACACUUGAUACGAAACACAGUUAGUUGCGUCGCACAAGUGUUUGAACGUAACGUAAUUUACAAAGCUCGUAUUUCUCGUUGUUUGAAUUAACGUACGCGUGGUUUUUGCUAUAACCAAAAUGAAAGUUUUACUCGCUUUCGAUAUACGUACCAAAUUUUCAAGUCACGCGGUAACCUGGUACAAGUAGUAAUCGUACAAUUGAAAUAAUUCGUAAUCGGAAAAGCAACGAAUCGAUAAUUGAUGCGUGAGAAAAGCUUUAUGCCGAGGGUCCGGGGGUGGCGGUGUUUAAUAAACGAGCGGGCGUUAAUACGUGCGAUCUCGACGUACGUACGAUAAAUAUAACUGUCCACACAGCUAUACCCGGAUGUGUACACACUUUGGUAAAUAACACCCCGGAAGUAAUGAAACGUUGAAGCAAUUCAAACAAAUCGAAGGACCCGCGAAAGUGACGGUGUAUAAAUUCGACCCGCCCGCCGUCGUCCGCCCCUUGAAUUUCAAAUUUUCCUCACACGAUGUAUACGUAUACAUACACGCAUGCUUAUAUCUAUGCACACCACGGUACAGUCUUAUAAAUAUACGGAGAAAAUAAUAAUGUAUAAGUUGUACGCGUAAUACUCGGUGGAAUAUGCGAGGGCGGCGCGGUGACACGAAAUUGAAUGUAAAUAGGCCUCGAGCCUUAAGAGUUUAUUCUAAAUUCCCAGACUCUUCCGACCGUCUCCGCGAGUGGCCGGACACCUACGUACCUACCCUACCCUACCCUACCUCCUACCCUUGUCUACCUUACGCACACGUAAGGUUGACUUUCGUGGUAUGUAAUAUUGAAUAUAUUCCACAAGGGUAAAACGCGUGGGCACACCGCGAACCUCAGCGUUGAAUUUCUAUCCGCCACGGAAGCGAUGAAAAUCGACGGUACGAAAAACUAAAAACUGUAAACUUGCGCGACGAACUUUCGGAAUUUUGCAUAAGCCGGAAAUUGGAAGAUACAUCUAGAUACAGCGUGAAAUGACGGGAAUAUUUUUCCUCCUCUACCGGGACACAUGAAUCGUGUGCAGCGUUUGAAGUUUGGAUAAAGAAAAAGAAGAAAAAGAAGAAAGAAAAAAAAAAAAAAUGGAAACUUGCACCGCGGAACGACGUUACACGGACCUACAUUAUACGUACAUACAGUCCUAUGUAAUUGUUCUUUCGUCAACAAAAAUCCGCCCUGCACAAAUUGGAUUCGUCAAAUAUCUCUUACAAUUUAUCAUUCGGGAGUUUUGUCGUUCGCGCGACCGAUGUCCCGAUAGAAUUCGGGGAUUUUUCGGAGGAAGAGGAGGGAAAUAAAGAGGAGACAAAAAAAAAAAAAAAAACAGAUAGAUCAAAAAAUUUGCAACCCAAUACGCUUGUGCUGUAGAAUACGAACGUUAUAUCCGUACCUCCGUACCCUGUAUAAUGACUCACUGUAAAUUCAAGGAUCAAUUGUCGCAAUUUCGUGGAGUGGCGGGAUGACAGGGGUGAGAGGUUGAAUUUACAAGAGAACAAAAUCGAAGGUAAAAUUUGUAUGACAAAUCCUUGUCGAUUUUUUGGUGGUCGAUUAACGCGAAUACGGUCGAGUUUAUCCCGUUCGAAAGACACAAAACGGGAGGUGAGGAGGAUGAGGAAAUUUGGAUGGGAAAAAAUCUUUGAAAAGAAAGAAAAUACGGACAAAAAAAAAAAGACCAAGACAAACGUUAACGAAAAGAGGUAAAAAAUAUGUAACGUCGUAAAAAGAGAACCAACUAAUUACGAGGAGACAUCAAAGGAAGGGAAAUUCAAGCCAUGCAUUUCACACACUCUUAAUUUUUACCUUCUCUCUGUCUACGGUAAAUCACAUAAUGUGAAUUCACGUAGAACGUACGUAUGUACGUACGUACGUACGGUACGUAGAGAAAAUAUUUAAUCAACGUUCGUUUUCGAACUCAUUCAUGAAAAAAGAUUUUUUUUUCAUCCUUUUAUUUCAUCAAGCUUCGUCAUACGUUCAACCGCGUGAACGGUUUUCCCAUUUAUGUGGUGUAUUUUUGUGGUGACUAAUGAAAAAUGAAAAUAAAAUAAACUAACGAUAGAAAUAAUUUACAAAAAUUGAAAAUCAUAUGAUGUAUACAUCGAUAUGCAAAAGUAUGUAUACGUAUAGAGGCGUCGUGUAUAUACCUAUUACGUAUAUUAUCCGACAUGUGGUGAAAAAUCAUUUUACAGGCAUUACGUUGCGACGUAGAGUAGGAAAAGACGAAAAAAGUAAAAAAGAAAGGAGAAGAAGUAGCGAUAAUCGAAACCAAAAAAACAUUUUUAUCCCAAAUUAAUAUCGAAUACAUAUCAAACGAUGUCAAAAUAUUAUAAAUAUAUUAUAUAUACGACGUAUAAUGUGAUAAUAACGUGAAAAAGUUUAUUUAAAGAAAGAGAAGAAAAGUUUU